AAGUGCGCGGUUAAACUGUGUGACGCGGUGUACGCGUUAAUCAUGUGCGCUUAUCACAAUCCUGGUUAUCCUCCAAACUACCCAGAAACUUCCUAUUAUGCCAACUUCCAGCCUAGUAGUCAGGAAUAUGUUCCUGCGGCACCACGUACGAACGGUAAUACUGGGAUGUCUUUUAUUCAAAACCAAUUUAUUCCCGACUUAGCUGUCCGUUAUGGUUCAGCUAUGUUUGAUGAAGGUGCAAACUUUGUUCACAAAAAUGUUGACCAAUACGUUAAUCGAUUUCGCAUAAAAUACUACUUUUCUGUCAACAAUUCAUACGUUGCCAAAAAAGUCGGGCUAAUCUUGUUCCCGUUUGCUCAUACAAAAUGGGGUGUAAAUUAUGAUCCUGCUGGACCUGUUCCUCCGGGUGAUGAUAUCAAUGCUCCUGAUUUGUAUAUUCCUUUAAUGGCUACUAUCACAUACAUACUUCUGAGUGGUGUUAUAUUUGGAUUUCAAGGUCGUUUUUCACCAGAGUACCUUGGGAUUUUAUCUAGUGAAGCUUUUGGCUGGUUAUUGCUUGAAGUUUUAUUAUCUCUGUUUGCAAUCUAUAUCCUCAAUAUUCAGAACAAUAUUUCUUAUUUAGAUAUAGUUGCCUAUUGCGGUUAUAAAUUUGUCAGCAUGAUAGUUGUAUUGAUUAGUUACAUUGGUUUGGAUCGACCAGGUUAUUAUUUUAGUUUACUGUAUACUAGUUUAGCAUUGGCAUUUUUCCUCAUAAGAAGCCUCAAACUCAAAAUCCUUCCACAUGUUGAAGCAUAUCCAUCUGAGUGUAAUAAACGCCGAUUAUAUUUACUACUUCUGAUUGCAUUCAUUCAACCAUUAUUGAUGUGGUGGUUGACACGUCGUGUUAUCCUGUAGGAAUUGUAAACCGUGAUGUUUUUUCCUUUGUUGUAUUUAUCAUCACCAUCAGAUAUGAAAAAAUUAAAUAUAGUCUGAAUAACAUCAUUUGCUUCCUAAUUUGUGUAUAAAAAAUGUUAAACAGUUUUUAUCUAUUGUAUAAGUCACAUUCUUUUUUUUUAAAGUAUUUAAAUAUUCGCUUAUUCAGAAAAAGAUUUUUCAACGACGAAUUGUCGUUACAUGUCUAAUGUAAAAGUGUUAAGGAUUGUAAAAGAUUGUUUCUGUGAGUUUAGUCGUGCAACUGUGUCUUCGCUUUCCAUAAUAUGCAUGUGUUCAAUGUUACCAGCUAUUUGUCUAUCAAUAUAAUUUAAUUAUUUAUUGUUUAUGUGUAUUCUGUUUUAGAUUCUAUUAUUUUAUUCAAUAAUUUACUGCAGUUUAUUAACACAGUUCAAUUUACUGAAUUGUUUACACUUUUUAAUGGUAGAUAACAGGCAUUAAACGUCUUCAGUUUUUAUAUUCAUCCCAUUCUGAAGUUUGUUACCCUUGCAACAAUAAUAAUUACUGUCAAUGAUUUUAUAAUGUAGGCAAUCAUAGAUUAGUGAUUUUAUCAUACCUGAAAUAAUUUAACCUCAUACUGACGAAUCUAAGAAUACUUUUAAUGUUUACUUAAAAUAAGAGACAGUUUAAUAAAUAUCUAUCAUUUACUUU